AUUAGAGAAGGAGUGGAAACAAAGGCGAAACAAUGCCUUAUAAUUCUCCUCCCGAGCCUUCAGUCCAAGUUCAGAGGGUCACCGGCGGUGGUGGCGGCGUCAUGGGCGCGCGGGAGCGGUGCACGGCACAUGAGCUGCCGGAGGCGACGGCGAAGCACCACGAGCACGCGGUGGGGGCGAGGCAGUGCUGCUCGGCGGUGGUGAAGAGGGUAGCGGCGCCGGUAGCGGCGGUGUGGGCGGUGGUGCGGCGCUUCGACAAGCCGCAGGCCUACAAGCACUUCGUCAGGAGCUGCCGCCUCGUGUGCGGGGACGGCGGGGUGGGCACCCUCCGGGAGGUGCGCGUCGUCUCGGGGCUGCCCGCCGCGACCAGCACCGAGCGGCUCGAGAUCCUGGACGACGAGCACCACGUGCUCAGCUUCCGGGUGGUCGGCGGCGAGCACCGCCUCGCCAACUACCGGUCUGUCACCACGCUCCACCCCGACACGGCCGGUGCCGCCGAGGGGACCGUCGUGGUGGAGUCGUACGUGGUGGACGUGCCGCCGGGGAACACCAGGGACGACACGAGGCUGUUCGUCGACACCAUCGUCAGGUGCAACCUCCAGUCCCUGGCGCGCACCGCCGAGGCCCUCAACCGGCGAGGCGGGGCCACGGCCGUUGCCGUCCGCAUGGCAAACCCGUAAUUUGCUCCUGCAAUCGUUAUUAUAGUUCAUCCUUUUGGUAAAGCCGUGAAAUAAUAUUAUUCGUAAUCCAUCUCUCAACUUUAUAGUCAUUUUCAUUUGAAGCCG